CCCUCAAAGGAGAAGUAACACCAACGACGACUUCACUUUUAGGCAAUAGGUGGUGACAGCUUUACCUCUCCAAACCUGCCGAGAGAAUCAAAGACAGGCUGAAUUGUUGUUCGUUUAAACGUUCAGACACAAAAAUGGCUGCACUGCACCGUCUGAGACAAUGCCACCCUGCGGGCAUUGCUAUCUCUCAUCUUCACACAAGCAGCCGGGCGUCAGCCAAACAGCAUUACAAAAUGCUUGUGCUCGGAGGAGGAAGUGGAGGCAUUGCAAUGAGUGCUCGGAUGAAGAGGAUUAUGGGAGCUGAGAACGUGGCUGUUGUGAGCCCAGCGAGGCAAGGAACUGCUACUCACUACUAUCAGCCAAUAUGGACCCUGGUUGGUGCUGGUGCCAAAACCGUAGCCUCAUCAGGUCGUUCCACUGCGAGCGUUAUGCCGUCUGGAGUGAAGUGGGUGAAAUCUAAAGUUCAGGAAAUAAACCCGGCUACAAACACUGUUCGAACAGAUGACGGGAAUGAGAUCUCCUAUGAGUAUUUGAUUGUGGCUCUUGGUUUACAACUCCAUUAUGAGAAGAUCAAAGGACUGCCUGAAGGAUUCGACCAUCCAAAGAUUGGGUCAAACUACUCAGUGAAAACUGUGGAGAAAACGUGGAAAGCCCUGCAGAACUUCAGAGGAAACGCUGUGUUUACUUUUCCAAAUACUCCUGUGAAAUGUGCUGGAGCUCCACAGAAGAUCAUGUAUCUAUCAGAUGCCUUUCUCCGAAAGACAGGAAAAAGGGCAAGGGCCAACAUUGUGUACAACACAUCGCUCCCUGUGCUCUUUGGGGUCAAGAAAUAUGCAGAUGCAUUGUGGGACAUUGUAAAACAACGUGACCUACAAGUAAACCUGAGGACCAACCUGGUUGAAGUGCGGGCAGACAAGCAAGAAGCUGUGUUUGAAAAUCUUGACAAACCAGGCGAAACCACAGUGAUUGAGUAUGAAAUGCUUCAUGUCACACCACCAAUGGGACCCAAUUUGGUGGUUAAAGGCAGUCCACUGGCAGAUGAGGCUGGAUUGGAUGUUAACAAAGAAAACCUCCAACACAACAGGUAUCCAAAUGUGUUUGGGAUUGGAGACUGUACCAACCUGCCCACAUCUAAAACUGGUGCUGCUGUUGCUGCACAGUCUGCUAUCCUGCACAGAACCAUCAGUAAAAUACUGAAAAAUGAGAAGCCAGAUUGGAAGUAUGAUGGCUACACUUCAUGUCCAUUGGUUACAAGCUACAAUACAGUCAUUCUGGCAGAGUUUGACUACAAUGGACAACCAUUGGAAACAUUCCCCAUCAACCAAGCCAAAGAAAGAAGACUCAUGUACCACAUGAAAGUUGAUGUGAUGCCUCACCUUUACUGGCACGGCCUUCUGAGGGGCUUGUGGGGUGGACCAGAACCCUACAGGAAACUCCUUCAUCUUGGGAUGAAAUAACACCUCAUGAUCAAUAUGCAAAGUUAUAGUUACAUCUACUAAACUUUAAGUAAAAAGUUAGCACAUUAAGUCCAUAUCUUGUGAGGGAUGGACACAUACAGUGGCUUGUGUACUACUAUAAUCUAUUGUUUGGACAUUCUGGCUUGUCUUAUUAACAGAAUCAAAUAACUGUUUGAACAUGAAACCUGCAGUAGAUAAUGUAUUGAUAAUACAUAAGAACAUAACCCCCUUUAAUGAGAACCAGUAGCUCAUACUGAAACACUGAUAACCAAAACUCCCCCUGCAGUUCUACAGUAUUUAUCUUAUAGCUGCUUAAAAACUCAACCAAUAUAUGUGAUUUUUAUGAUAUUAAGUAUGAUCAAUGUAAAAAGCAUAAAAACUCUGAUAGAAAGCUAACAUGCAUUCAUGUGACAUGAAGCAUUGAGGAAAUAGGAGGUUUUUGUAUCAACUGCUUUAAACCAGGGCUGCAAUUUAGGAUUGCAAUGUUUAAAGAGUUAAUAGUGAACUAGACACUCCACAACACAAAGAGAAGGAGCCUUGCUGGCCAUUACGUUUUAAGGCGAGAAGACAGACCAAAGUACUUUCAAAAGCCGGUGGGUUUCACAAAUGUCACAGAGUCUAACUGAAGAUAGAAAGGCACUUUCAAAGUGACUAUAUAUAGUUUUGAUAUAUUCCAAAUAACUCAGUUUUUGUAAAGAUUAAUGUUUAAAAAAGUGAUUUUUUUUAAAAUAUCUACAUUGUAUUUUCUUAUUUGCUUCUGAUGAAUAUUUUAGGGGUGCUUUACUCAACAGAUGUAAUCAUUGUCCUACCGUCAUUUAGUUUUUUAUAUUGGGUAUAUAAACAUAUAUCAUUUUAGAUCGCUUGUUUUAAAGUUAAGUAUACUAAUGCACUGUAUUAUCUGAUUAGUCUCUUGUUAUUUCAGCAAUUCAGUGGUCUUCAUGUCUGUUUUGAAUUGAAAUACAAACCCAUUCAAUCUG